AUGGUCCGCUACGCUCCUCAGCACAUCACCCCGGCGAAGUCUGCCCGCUCCCGGGGCUCCUACCUUCGCGUCAGCUUCAAGAACACUCGCGAGACUGCUCAGGCUAUCAAUGGCUGGAAGGUUCAGCGUGCGAUCAAGUAUCUCGAGAAUGUCCAAGAGUUCAAGGAGUGCAUUCCCAUGAGACGGUAUGCAGGCAGCACUGGCCGCAGCGCACAAGGCAAGAACUUCGGCGUCUCCAAAGCCCGCCACCCCGUCAAGUCUGCCAGUUUCCUGCUGGACCUUCUCAAGAACGCCGAGGCCAACGCUGACACCAAGGGUCUCGACACCUCCAACUUGAUCGUCAAGCACAUCCAGGUCAACCAGGCCCCCAAGCAGCGUCGCCGCACCUACCGUGCUCACGGUCGCAUCAACCCAUACAUGUCCAACCCCUGCCACGUCGAGAUGAUCCUCACCGAGAGCGCGGAGGAAGUCUCCAAGAGCAAGGAUGUUGCUAAGCCGGAACCCAGACUCAACUCCAGACAGCGCGGCCAGCGACAACGGAGAGCUAUUGCUUCCUCCCCAUGA